CGAGUUCUGGGCAUAGGACAUGUAAAAUGACAGGAAGAUCGGCAUCGGGAGAUUUCACGGUGGGUAAAAGAUUUAGAAGGGGGAAAUGCCCACCUCGAUCAUCGAUCUCAGGAAGGUGUCUGUUUCGAUCUGCCUCCACAGCGUUCCACUCUCGUUACCGUGCGCGAAAAACUGCUGUAUCUCGCGACCAUGGAGACCCCGGAUCUUGCGACCACGCCGGGCAUGCCUCCGCCGGCCGGGCAGGUGCCGCAGUUCGAUUCGCCGUACAAUUCUCUGCAGAUCGGGACGUUCAUUGCGUUUGGCAUUACCAUUUUUCUGGCAACGGUUGUGCUGGCGCUUCGCUAUUUCCAGGCCGUCAAGCUGAUCAAGAAGAUCGAGAUGGAUUUGGUCACCGUGACGAUCUCGUACGGCGUGUCUGUGUAUUAUUUUGUGUCUAUGCAUGAGUUGAUGGGUUAUGGCUGGGGCAAGCACACGUGGGAUGUAUCUCUGCUCAGCCUCAUGAAAUUCAACCAGGCUCUCCUCCCCAAUACCCUGAGCUAUAUUGUUUGUCCCUGCAUCACCAAGAUGGCCAUCUUGUCCGUCCUAUACCGCAUCAACCCUGCAUUCGCAUACCGUGCCGCAGUGGUGAGCGUCGCCGUCAUGAUCUUCGCCUACACUUUGACGUUGUGCGUUAUCACGGGCGGCCCCUGUAGUCCGUUGAAAGACGGGACCAUCGAAUGUCUCCAGAACGUGGCGCUGUCGCAAGCGGCGUUGAACAUUGCGUCCGACUUCGCGGUCAUGAUCCUGCCUCUCCCCACGAUCAUGAAUCUCCAUUUUUCCCGGAAGAAGAAGAUCACCGCCGGCUGUCUGUUGACUUUGGGCUCCGCUGUGACCGUCUGCUCGAUCGCCCGCCUCCCAUACGUCAUCAAGCUCAGCAAAGACCCCGACGUCUCCUACACGGAAGCCAUCCUGGGGAUAUGGUCCGUGGUGGAGGUCAACCUGGGGAUCAUCUGUGCCUGCUCGAUGCGACUCAAGCAGUUGCUGAGGGUGUAUCUGCCACAGUUGGGGCCCCCUUCGUCGAACCCGCCCAGUGGGAAAUUGAGCACGUACGAGUCGUGGGGGAACCGUUUCCGGCCUGAUGGAGGCAGCGCGCAACACUCAUACCAGCUGCAUAGCGUGCAAAACAGCAGUGUGGAUCCGUGUGUUGGUAGCAAGGAUAUUGCUGUCUCUCGCACGUUCAAUAUGGAUGUGGAAGAUCGUGGAAGCACCGACAAGAUCUUGCGGUGACUGCGGAGAAGUUAAUGGAUUUAUGUCUACAGAAGUAUUGACAUCACAAUUGCAGGGUUAUGGCUUGGCCAUGCUAGUUGACCAUCUAUUCGAUCAGGGCAAUGGCAUAAAAUGGAAAGCGUGCCAGGCAAGAGAUCUGGACCUGUGCUGUCUUCAACAGAUACUGUUAACGAUUGGUAUGCCUAGAUCUUCUACACUAUUAUCGACAAACUAACCGACGACGAACUAUCUCAAAAUAAUGAUUAAAUUUUAACUCAAUUCAUACAUCCAGUAAUUAAAUCCCCGACCAUGGAC